AUGAAGCGUGAAAUGGGUGCAAUUGAAACCGAACAGCUGCAUCCUCCCCCCGCAUGUGAUUGCGUCCCAUUGCACACGCGAUGUAAGAGUCAAAACCAAAUUUCACCCUUAUUUAGCCUCCUCUUCUUCGGUGGUACUUCUCGUUCUCCCCUCCUCUAUCCUACAGCUGCAAGUAGUUUCCGCUCAACUUCCUACAUACCUAUGCGGGAUAGACCGGUAGACCCAUAA